GUGUUGAUCCCCAGGAACUGUACCAGCGAGUCGAUGACGUGGAGCACGCGCAGGAUCAUCUUUAAACCCCACGUUAUUAUAAAGUGGCACUACUUUACUCCUAAGGUUAAUUUCGUGUUUUAGGUUUAGUUUCUGAAGUUAUGAAUGCUUAGCUGUCAUUGUUGCUGUUGUGACCGAGAGGUUUGACUCUCACUUAAACGAGCUGUUAUUAAAGGUCUGCUGGGAGGACUGGCUGCUCCUCUUAUCAGUCACUGUUCAAGACUCCUGAUCUCACACCAUGGCUGAUGAGCUGAAGUUUCAAGAGUUCGAGGAGGCUGCAGAUCUCCUGUCUGCUGACCCGGGUGCCUCCACAAUCAGCGUCCACGCUCCUGCCACUGCCGGUGCAGCCACCGCGUCUUCCUCAGAUGUCAGACUGAACCUGUCAGAUGAUGAGGAGAACCAGCAGGAGAGCUCGGGGUUACUCGGAGGUGAGAAGCAAACCAGUGGCUUCUGGACAUUUGAAUACUAUCAGUCGCUUUUCGAUGUGGAUACCAUGCAGGUGUUGGACAGGAUCAGAGGGUCACUUCUACCUUUACCAGGACGAAAUUUCAUCAAACAUCACAUUCGCAGUCACCCAGAUUUAUAUGGGCCAUUUUGGAUAUGUGUGACUCUUGUCUUUUCUGUGGCCAUUAGUGGGAACCUCUCUACCUUUCUGAAUCAUAAGGGUGACCCACACUAUCACUAUAGACCACAAUUCCACAGAGUGACAAUCGCAGCACUCGCUGUGUUCCUGUAUGCAUGGCUCGUACCACUGGCUGUGUGGGGCUUCAUGACUUGGCGACAGAGCACUGCACGACAGAUGAGUGCUUACUCUUUUCUGGAGACGGUGUGUGUCUAUGGCUACUCUCUCUUCAUUUACAUUCCUACUUCGAUAUUAUGGAGCAUUCCAUAUGGUUGGCUGCAGUGGCUCUUGAUUCUGAUUGCCAUGUUAGUCUCUGGCUCUGUCUUGGUCAUCACCUUUUGGCCAGCGGUUCGUGAUGACACCAAAACAACAGCUUUCACCAUCAUAGUGGCCAUCGUGUUGCUCCAUGCUCUGCUAGCCAUUGGUUGCAAGAUGUACUUCUUCCAAGCAGCAGCAGAAAACCCUUCGCUCGACGCUUUGACGCCCUUGGACCUGAAUCUCACAGCACUGACCACUCCGAGCAAACCCAAAUAACCAGCCACGUGAGAUCGGGUUAGGGGGGAAAACCCCCUUUAUUUGUUGACGCACUACUGAUUGAACAGCUCAAAAGCAAUAUGGAGAUGGAGAUAACUUCAGCUGCCAUGGACUAGAAUUACUUUGGGUAACCGGAAGGGAAAUCUUUACUCAGAUUGUAAUGUAUUACUCAUAUAAAGGUGGGAGAUUUGGAUGUCUCUGUGCUUGGAUGAUGAAGAAACUGCUACUCAACAUGAUAUGUCCCCUGUUACUAUUCAAUACAGUAUGAAAUUCUGGUGUGAAUCUUUAUGCUAUUCUUUAUGAAUUAUAUGGAAAUUUCUUGCUGUCCUAAAAACAAAAAGCAAACAUGAAUAAAUGUAUUUCAUCUUGAUAACUGACAAACAA